AUGGAUGAAAACAACAACAUUUUCAUAUUGGCAUUCGGAAUAGGGGACUCAGAAAAUGAUGACUCUUGGGAUUGGUUUUUCAACAAAAUAAGAGAAACAUUUGGUGAUAGAGAAGGAUUAACAAUAAUAUCAGACAGACAUAAAAGUAUUGAAAAAACAGUGAAGAAUGUUUACCCAAACCACUUUCAUGGAGCUUGCAUAUUCCACUUGCUUAGCAACAUCAAAUCAAACUUUGGUGGACAUGGAGAUGAGCUCACUAUAAACUUUGUGAAAGCUACCAAAACAUACAGGGUCAGCUCAUUUGAGCAUUACAUGUCAGAAAUAGACAAAAUUGACAUUCGCAUAAGACCUUACUUGGAAAAUAUAGGACAUCAUAUUUGGACUAGAAGCCACUGCCCAACAAGGAGGUACAUUAUGAUGACUUCAAACAUAGCAGAGUCAAUCAAUUCUGAAAUCACAGCUGCAAGAUCGGUGCCAAUUGCAUUAAUGAUUGAAUGUCUAAGAAGUUUAGUUCAAAAAUGGGUGUGGAAGAAUGGAAACGAAGCUAAUGGAAUAUUCACAGAAGUAUCUGUUGAAGCUGAAACAGUACUUAGAGAUAAUCUUGUUAAGGGAAUGAAGUACCAGGUUGAAGCAAUAACUACUAUACUAUACUAA